UUUCCAGCGAGCAACCACGUUGUUUCGGGCAUUAAAGCGCGCACCCCGUUUGUUCUUCCAAGGCUCCGAUUUCCUUGUUUCUCCUGAACCCAAAUUGGACCUCUGUUCAUCCCUCGAAUUGCAUAGCAAAUUAAACCGGAAUCACCCAACUGUCGCGCAAUCCACCAUGGCUGAACAGGUCGCUGCCAAAUUGGCUGCGUCUGGGGGCACCGAAUCCGCAGGGUUCCUGAACGACAUCAUUGAACAACUAUGGCCCAAUAUCAACGUCGCCGGCUGCAGGAUGGUCAAGGAAAUCGUCGAGCCCAUGUUCGCGACGAUGCUUCCUGGCCCUCUGGCGACUCUCAAGUUUGUCAAGCUUGACCUCGGACCCGUCCCUAUGCGCGUCUCUGAGGUUGACGUCCACAAGGUCGACAAUGGUGGGAUCAAGCUCGACAUGGACGUCACCUGGGAGGGGAAAAGUGACAUCGAGCUCGAGGGGAAAUUGGUGCCCAAGCUGGGUAUCGAACACGUUCACCUGAUUGGUAGGCUAUCAAUCCUGCUGGGACCGUUGACGAAUGUCAUUCCUUUGAUUGGCGCUGCACAAGUCGCUUUUAUCAACCCACCGACGCUCAAGCUCGACUUUACCGACGCAGCCAACAUUGCCGACUGGGCACUCAUCGACAAGACUGUUCGCAAAGUCAUCCUGGACAUCGUCUCAUCCAUGUUUGUCCUGCCUAACCGCUACCUUGUCAAGCUUGACAGCAACAACGACUACUUCAGGACCUACCUGCCUCAUCUAGGAGCGCUCCGUCUCACUGUCGAGAGGGCCAUUGGCAUCAGCGGUCCCAAGAAGAGUCGGGCAAAGAGGUUGUUGGCUAAGAUCGUCAAGGACGUCCCCGACUGCUACGCCAAGGUAACCGUCGGUGCAGAGGAGGAGUGGCGCACGUCGGUCAAGAAGAACGAUCACGACCCGGAGUGGAACGAGACGCACGAUUUUCUGGUUGCCGACUACGACCAGCGCAUUGUGAUUGACGUCAAAGACGACGACCUCGGCGGGGACGACGACAUUGGGCUCGCGACGACCACCGUCAAGGACAUACUGCUGAACGGCGGCUCCCAGCAGCUGGACCUCAUGCACGACGGCGAGCCCACCGAUUCCAAGAUUGUCGUCCACGCCAAGUUUUACAACUUUGUCGACAGCGCGGACGCGAUCCGGACCACGCGCAGCGAGAACCAGGACCAGAUCGUCGGCAUCGCCACGGUGCUCAUCGCCAGCGCCCUGGGGCUGCAGGGCCAGCGCGACGAGCUGAACCCCAGCGUCAAGGUGGCCUGGGGCGCCAAGGAGUUUCGCACGGCGGCCAAGUCCUACACCCCGGGAACCGACAUCUUCAACCCGUCGUUCGACCAGGCCUUUAGGAUUCCCGUCACGGCAGACCUGCUUGCCAGCCCUGCCAGCUUUAGAAUCUCGCUACUCAACAAGGCCGACGAGGUUGGGUCGGUCGAAGUUCCCUUUGAAGAUAUUCUCCAGGCGCCUGGACUGGUGAAGGAGGAGACUUAUGAGGUCGGGCAAGGAGCGACGAUAAAAGCAUACAUCUCUCUUCGUGGCUUGGAAAUAGCAAAGUAAAUAAUGGCACUUCUUAAAGUCGCUUACUGCCAGGAAUAAGAUCUUCAAGUCAAGUUUGAUGGAAAUAGUUACAACUAAACUAAUUUUAAUUGCGUCA